GGCGGCUCGGUGGCGUUUGUUUUCAGGAUUAACUUGUGUGCUUUAAUUGUUUUAUUUAAUUGCGUUGGAAAGUAAGGAUGAGUAGUUAAUACACAGGGGCACGUUGUAUAUGUAGCCUACUACAUUAUUUGUUGAAAUGUGGUUUAACAAUGAACUUUUUAGUGGCACACACAACUGCUGCUGUGCCUCCCUGUGAACACGCGUCGGGAACCUGCUAUAAAUAGGCCGGAGGUGGUGGUUCACAGAAAAGCAUUUGUUAUUAUCUGCCAGCUCGUUUAACAGACAAAAAACAAACUGCCGCAAUGGACACAGUUAAUUGUAGGGUUCGGUAAAUUGCCCUACACAGUUGUGACCUUCAUUCAUUCAUUGACAUCAAAUAUUCAAAUGCAAAUUAGCUGGUGAAUCACAGCCGGCAAAGCUGUCCCAUAAAUACGGGCACAAACCAUCCUGUUGUCCUCGCAGGACCUGACAGAGGUGAUCCUGCUGAGGGGCAGAGAAGGAGACGAGAGACGCGUUCGAGGUGAACAGAGAGUGAAAUCGUAUGAUGUCCGUUGUUGGCGCGCAGCCUUUCAUCAAACCAAUGCAGCCAACACCCUCUGUUUCGCCCGGUAUCCAAAGGAGACACACGCUUCCCGCAAGCGAAGUCCGACCGCUCAACACGCAAGAUGCCAUAAGCGUCUUUGAAAUCGAACGAGAAGCAUUUAUCUCUGUGUCAGGUGAGUGUCCCCUCCACCUGGAUGAGGUGCGUCACUUCCUCACACUGUGCCCAGAACUGUCCAUGGGCUGGUUUGAGGAGGGCCGGCUGGUGGCUUUCAUCAUCGGCUCUCUCUGGGACCAGGACAGACUCACUACAGACGCACUGACUCUCCACAAGCCCUGCGGCUCCACUGUCCACAUCCACAUCCUCGCUGUCCAUCGCACCUUCAGACAGCAGGGCAAAGGUCCCAUACUGAUGUGGCGCUACCUGCAGUAUCUGCGCUGCCUGCCCAACGUGCGCCGAGCAGUGCUGAUGUGCGAAGACGUCCUCAUUCCCUUCUACCGCAAGUCAGGCUUCAAGGUGCUGGGGCGCUGUAGCAUCACCGUGGCCAACCUGACCUUCACAGAGAUGUGGUACCCCAUUAGCGGCCACGCGUACAUGCGGCGCAACAGUGAAGCAAUCCGUUUCCCUCAGCAUCCCUUGACUCUGCCACUGGCAAAGACUGAUGAACACGUUGACGUAUGACAUGGUGAUUCGUUUUUGUCCCUGAGAUGAGAUAUCUGCACAGGUUGUCUUUAACUUAAAAUCAGUGUUGUAGGUCUUUGUAGGACAUGUCAGGGUUUCAGAUUUCAGUGGCUGCAGAUGACAUGGCAUUUUUGUUCUAAUCUCACGCUGAAGCUCUUCAAUUUAUCUUGUAUUUAUCUUGAAUGUACUAAACUGUUAUGUGAUGUAUUAUAUGUAAUCAAGUUCACAUUAUGAGGCACUAUCCUGUGUUUAUCACUCACCUGUGAGAGGAGUAGAUUAGUGUGUUGAACUGUAAAGAUGCCGUGUUGCAUUUGGAUUUGUGGCUGAACAGUAAGAUGUUGCCUGCGUAGCACCUUUCUUGGGCUUCCCACAACUACGAAUUGACGUCAGUCACCAGGCUUUAGCAGCUCAAACGCAGCACCUCCAGCUCUAUUAGGGGGCUUUAGCUGUUGAAAACGUCGGUGGAUUUAGAAGGGGAUCCACUCAUCGGUUUGUCAGCAGAUCCAAUGACCUUACUUAAACCUGUACACCUACUGUAGAUUUUGUUUAGAUGGAAGUUUGUGAAGCUAGUCGUUGUAUUGUGAUGUGUUGUUUCAUGUUUGUGUCUGUUCAAGUAUCACAAUUUC